UUGGGUUCCUUUGAUUAAUGUUGACAUUGACAAAUGAAAACAAAUGAUGAUAUUUGAGUGGUAUUUCUCUUUAUAUCUAUACGCUGCUGUUGGACUCUGGUAGCAGCAGGCUGCACUUCCAUUUUGCUUUAAUAAUUUGAUAUCUGAAUGACAAAGUGAUUUCCAUUGGGUCAGGUGAAAUGCUGGCAAAUUAGACGGCAGACAAAAGCUCCUCAAGCUGCAGGGACCAUCCAUUCUGAUUUUGAGAAAGGAUUUAUUUGCGCUGAGGUCAUGAAAUUUGAUGAUCUAAAGGAACUCGGCAGUGAGUCGGCUGUUAAGGCGGCUGGAAAAUAUAAACAGGAGGGAAAAACUUACGUGGUUCAAGAUGGAGACGUAAUAUUUUUCAAGUUCAACGUUUCUGGGGGUGGUAAGAAGUGAGAACUAUGUGUAUCUUCUAGAAAGCUAAGGUCAAUGUUACGAACUUUGUUGUCUUGAUCAAUAUGAGUUUUCACGACACAACAGCAAUAUCUGUAACUUGUUUCUACAUUUUUGUAGAACUCUGUUUCUUGAUAUUGAAUUGAAGCAUACACUUGAUUUACUUGGUAUGUGUUGAUGUAUUUUUGGAACAACAAAAUUUUCCCUGGGAUACUCAAUCUUCUAAAUGCAAACUUAAUAUAAUCAUGUUCAUUAU